GAAUCCCCGGUGGACUUUGUGCUAAGACCCUAUUUUACUGCAUCAAACGCCCAUACUCUUUCUUACAUUGAGACAUAGCAUGGCUAGCGCUGCCAGAGUCCUUCGGGGCCAGCCACCGUCGCCGCCCGAAUCGACGGAUCAGAACACGGUGGCUGACGCUAACCAUAACUCCUACGGCACACUCUCGCCGAAUUUCGGCCAGCAUGAACAUUAUUCACCUGCAGAAUUCCAUGCAAACCUUAUGCCAGGUGAGGUGAAAUACGAACCGGGAUCAUAUGAAUAUAUCUCGCCCGCCCCUUCACAAUUCAUAUCGGGCGAAUACCCGCGAAAUUUAUCAUUGCAACAUCCUAUCGACACUCCCCCAUCCACAGCAGACGACUCUCAUGCCCCCGCGAGCCUGAAUCCGGCACCGCAGUGGCCAUCACGUCAGGCUCCGAGGCAGUCCACAAGACCAAGGGUCGCUAGACCUCCUAGAAUGCGGCGCAAGGGUCGGAAGAUGAAGGACAAAGAUUCCAGGCCUCACGUGGACAAGCCGCUGAGCGAGUUGACCAAGCACUUGACGCAUAUUCCAAUUAAGGACAUGGACAGUUGGGUACACCGAUCUGCGGAAAUUCGCCGUCAAGAAGUCACAAAGAAGAAUGGGAAAAUCGCCCGUCCAAUGAACUCCUUUAUGCUCUAUCGGUCUGCAUUUGCGGAGCGAGCAAAAGAAUGGUUCGCGCAGAACAACCAUCAGGUGGUGUCUGAGGCCGCUGGUGAUAGCUGGAAGCUGGAACCUGCAGAGGUUCGUCUUAAAUAUGAGCAUCUGGCAACCGUGGAGAAGAACAAUCAUUUGAAAGCACACCCCGGAUACAAGUUCUCCCCAGCAAAAGAUAAGAAGAAACGGGCGGGUGCCGACGAUGAGAGACCCCUGGCAGAUACUCCCGAUUCCAGCCCAGCUCUGUUCCAAGGUCAUGGCAUGAGCUCUUCAGAGGUGGAUAGCAGCGGCUGGGGUAGUCGGGACUCAAGCCCUUUUGACUUUGCGGAACACGGUUUGGCAGCAGACCCUUAUUUCGUUGCCUCGCCUUGGCACCCGCCUAGGGGAUCCAUGUCGGGUUACAUACCUUCCUCGGAUCCAUCUUCAUAUCUAAUGCAGUCGGCGCAACCAGGCUGCAUGUCUAACCCAGACGGCCUCCGCUUCAGGAGGCCUAGUUACCCAAACAUUCCCUACAACACAUCGACUUCUUUGGCAGGAUUGCCCGGAGCCUCUCACCAUGACCUCCUCCAACCUGCCAGCUCAACCUCUACCCCAGGAGGCGGCCAGCUAGAUCCCCAACUAUUGACUAUCCAAGACGAGCUUCCCAGUUCCAAUCAGCUCUAUGGUGUUCAUCAACCGAUGUGGCAAGACGCGUCUACAGUCAACGGCUAUGUCUCAAUGACAUCCCCGAUGCCAGCAAGUUCAGUCUCUUAUUCGGCGGCUCCAGCCUACCCGUCGGAGAUGCAACAUCUAGAAAGCCGUGGCACAUGGGACCCAACCAACGAUGCCAAGCUGGAAGGUUCUGGCGGCGACAUCAACACCUGGCUCGACCAUAAUGAUAUUUCAUACUGAGCUUCCCAUUUUGCUCAGACAGAGGCGAGGCAGAAUUAUCGAUGCCAUGCCUCUAGCGGGUGAGAUACAGGUCCCUUUUCUUUCUCAGCGUGGCGAAUAUUGGUUUCAAAGAGGGGAUGUUUGGAGUUUCGGGCGCAAGCAUACAUGAUUUUGACAUGAUACUCCUUGACU